AUGGCGAAAAACAGGAACAAGAAAAAGAAAAACGGUGUCGUUUCAAUGGAUACAACCGACUCCAUCGUUUCGGAAGCACCUCAAGCUAUGGACACAUCAGAAUCAGUAGCUAAAAUCAAGGUUCCUGGUGCUACCAAUUUGAAGGUGAAGCAGAAUGGAAGGCCUAUGAAGAGAUCAAAAUGCGCGCGAAAAAUGAAGGCAAUAGCGAAAGCUAUAUCCGCAAAUGAGAAGUCUGCUCAAAAAGUUUCCAAGAAUGACAGCAAAAAGAUUAGAGUUCAAUCUGCAAAAACACUCUACGAAUAA